UAGACUAGUGCUACGUAAAUAACAUACAAAUACAAUGGGUAAAUCUCGUGGUUACAGAUCAGGUACUCGUUACGCUUUCCAACGUGACUUCAAGAAGCAUGGUGCUAUUGCUUUAUCCACCUACUUGAAGAUCUACAAGGUCGGAGAUAUUGUUGAUAUCAAGGCCAACGGUUCUAUCCAAAAGGGUAUGCCACACAAGUACUACCACGGUAAGACUGGUAUUGUUUACAACGUCACCAAGUCUUCUGUCGGUGUCAUCAUCAACAAGGUUGUUGGUAACAGAUACCUUGAAAAGAGAGUCAACUUGAGAGUUGAACACGUUAAGCACUCUGCUUGUCGUCAAGAAUUCUUGAACAGAGUCAAGUCCAACGCUGCCGCCAAGGCUGAAGCCAAGGCCAAGGGUGAACAAGUCAACUUGAAGAGACAACCAGCUAAGCCAAGAGGUGCUAGAGUUAUCUCUACCGAAGGUAACGUUCCUCAAACUUUGGCUCCUGUUCCUUAUGAAACCUUUAUUUAAGUUAUUCGUGAUCGGAUAUUGUUAUUUAAAUGUAUUAGUCGGGUUAUGAUUGUAUUUGUAUACAUGUAUAGUAUUUUGGGCAAAUAAAAGAAUAUCAAGUGAGGCCUGUGUAGAGGUAUGAGAGAGCAGAGUUGAAUCGACUUGUAUCAAAAGCUCAUGUAGAUAUAGGGUAGUAAAUACAGGAAAGCGCUUUACCAGUACAGACAAGAGAUAUUGUGUGGGCUGUUACCGGGUAUCGCCCAGAUUCACCUAUUCCGGAAAAUCAGUACAAGAUACAAUUAGGCUAAACAGCCAAUUGCACGACCUAACCAAAUCUCAUAUGGGGGGGUCAGAAGCUCUCCUCAGCGUCCGUAAAUUUAGUAACAAGAAUUGUUGCGCCGGACACCGUCACCAUUAAAACCCAGCUCCUGGAAAGAAGCAUUUUCCAAAGGAAUCGUUCCCGAAGGGAACAACUCAACCUCGAAAGGGAAUUGUCGAAUGAUUUAAAACGCGAGAUUUCAUCAUGUAAGUAUAAAACUUGGAAGGUCAUAC